GACUGACACCCGGCUCAAAGAAGAGACUCUGCAAGAGUUUGUUCAUUGCGUGCUUACCAGAUACAAGAAAGCCUGUCGUAUCUGCUCGUCUGUUCCUGUAAAGCAGGGGCAAACUGUCUCCAAAUGGCCUGAGGGCUAUCAGGCCCCACCUAUAAGCUGGAUCUAUGGAGAGGCCCCUCACGGUCCUGCAGGUGAGCCUGUACCACCCGACACAGGGCCCGGUCGCCUUUGCCAAAGUUCCGCUGCAGCUGCAACACGACGCCAGCCGGUUGCUGGUUGGGCGAGGGCAGGACACCCACCUCCAGCUGCAGCUGCCACAGUUGUCCCGCCACCAUUUGUGCCUGGAGCCCUACCUGGAGAAAGGCAGCAACCUGCUGGCCUUCUGCCUCAAGGUGCUGACCCGCAAGAGCUGUGUGUGGGUCAACGGGCUCCCGCUGAGGUACCUGGAGCAGGUUCCCCUGCACUCCGUCAACAGAAUCUCCUUCUCUGGCAUCCAGAUGCUCAUCCGCAAAGAGGGGGGCGCCUCCCUUGAGGCCUUUGUCUGCUACUUCCAUCUCAGCCCUUCACCCCUGAUUUACAGACCCAAGGCUCAGGAGACAGACGAAUGAAUGGGAAAACACUGUCAAGAAGGAGACUCCCCCUGUUUUGGGGGGAGGCAACUCGUGAUCUCCCGGGGUCUCUCCACGGCCCCUCCCGGUCUCUGUUUCCCUGCCAAGCCCUGGAGAAGCAACAGAAGCAAAGCUCCAGAGGGAGUCUGGAGACCCGGCACCCCACCAGCCCUGCUGCGGAGAGCAAGCCUUACAAAAGCAGGGUUUGAGAUGGUCGAGUUACGUCAGAGUUCACAUGUAAAGCCUGCUGGCCGCCAUGUUCACAAGGAACCGAUUCGGUAAACUUGGAGCGGCCCAGGGACGGAGAAGGGCCCUCCAUGGCUCCCGGGAAUGGGAACUUCAUAUACUUUUAGAGGCCCUGAGGGGUUCUGGGAGCCCCUCCCAGCAUUCUGCCCACCCCCUCCCCAUUUCCUCCCUUGUCUGGCUAGGAGUUACUUUAUGUCCCUGUCUCCCAUGCUGCCUAAGGGCAGGAGCAUGGGGUUGCGGCAGGAAUGCAAGGACACGCGGGGAGAAAUUACGUUUGUGGUAGCUCGGGGUUACCUUCAGCUUUCGAAUACCCACAGGCGCUCAGGGCUUAGGAGAGCCUGUGUUUAAUAAACUAAAAGUAUUUCAUUA